CGAGAGCGCCGAGUGUUCCGGGUCAGGCGCAGGAAUGAAGAAAGGUGCUGCUGCUGCCUGAGCGACGAGCGAGCCGGGCUCCUUGGGAAAACUCGGGGACACUGAUUGGACAGCGGAGGCCCAAUAAGAGACAAAAGCAGCAGGAAGGUUUUCUGUUUCUUUUCUUUUUUCUGCGCGUAGUAGUCUGGAGCGGCUGGAGCGGCAGGAAAGAGUUUUCUCCUGUCCCAGGCGAAUGUUUGCAGGGGCUGCUGCCGCCGCCGCCUCCUCCGGGACUUGCUGAGGAGAAGGCGAGGGCGCCCUCCAAGGCGGUGGCUGGCAGACUAGCGAAGGCGACGUGCCUCGGGAGCCGGCGUCGGCGGCGAGGGUUGCUAAGGGCCGGGUGUGGAGCCGCCCCCCUCCGCUGCUCCUCUCCUCUCUCUCUCCCCCCCCCCGCGCGCUCGUUGGCUGGCUGGCUGAGGGCGAAAGAAGCCGCGCGCGCGCGCCUGCCUGCCUGCCUGCCUGGCGCUGGAACUGGAAGCCGAGCCGGGCAGGGGGCCGCGGGAAGGCUGAGGAGGGCGCUGCCCCGAGUGGCCGCGCGAGCCUUGCGCAGCUUGCCGAGGGCUGGGCUGCGGGAGGCAGCCAGAGGGUUGCCGCCGCCGCCUUUGCCUUUGCUGCUAUGUUCCAUUGCAUCCCGCUGUGGCGGUGCAACCGUCAUGUGGAGAUUAUCGACAAGCGCCACUGCUCGCUGGCCGCCGUGCCCGAGGAAAUCUACCGCUACAGCCGCAGCCUCGAAGAGCUCCUGCUCGACGCCAACCAGCUCCGAGAGCUGCCGAAGCCUUUCUUUCAGCUUGUAAAGUUACGAAAACUUGGGCUUAGUGAUAAUGAAAUUCAGCGGCUUCCUCCAGAGAUAGCAAACUUUAUGCAGCUGGUAGAACUUGAUCUGUCUCGAAAUGAUAUUCCUGAAAUCCCUGAAAGCAUUUCCUUCUGCAAAUCAUUACAGGUAGCAGACUUCAGUGGGAACCCGCUCACUAGGUUGCCUGAAAGCUUUCCUGAGCUGCAGAAUCUAACAUGUCUUUCUGUAAAUGAUAUCUCUCUACAAGCAUUACCUGAUAACAUUGGAAACCUUUAUAACUUGGCAUCACUGGAAUUAAGAGAGAAUCUGUUGACAUAUUUACCUGAGUCAGUUGCCCAGCUGCAGAGACUAGAAGAGCUAGACCUAGGGAACAAUGAACUUUAUAAUUUGCCAGAAACUAUAGGUGCACUUUAUAAUCUUAAAGAUCUCUGGCUAGAUGGGAACCAGCUGGCUGAAUUACCUCAGGAAAUAGGAAGCCUGAAAAACCUGCUAUGCCUGGAUAUCUCCGAAAACAAACUGGAAAAACUGCCUGAAGAGAUAAGCGGUCUGCUGUCUUUAACUGACCUACUCAUCUCUCAGAACCUUCUUGAGGUGCUACCAGAUGGCGUAGGUAAAUUAAAAAACCUAUCCAUCUUGAAGGUUGACCAGAACCGGCUUGUUCAGUUAACAGAAGCAGUAGGAGACUGUGAAAGCCUUACUGAGUUAGUUCUCACAGAAAACCAGCUGCUGACUUUGCCGAAGAGCAUUGGACGGCUAAAGAAGCUGAAUAUACUGAACGCCGACAGAAACAAACUAGUGUCUUUACCCAAAGAGAUUGGUGGGUGUUGCAGUCUAAAUGUUUUUUCAGUACGUGACAACCGGUUAUCUAGGAUUCCUCCUGAGCUAUCACAAGCCACAGAACUUCAUGUCCUAGAUGUAGCUGGAAAUAGGUUGCUACAUCUUCCCAUGUCGCUCACUAGCUUGAAGCUGAAGGCGUUGUGGUUGUCUGAUAACCAGUCCCAGCCUUUACUUACUUUCCAGACAGACACAGACCCUGAAGUAGGGGAGAAGAUUUUAACAUGUGUUUUACUUCCUCAAAUGCCUUCUGAGCCCGGUUGCCAAGAUAACCUGCCCCGAUGUGGGGCUCUGGAGAGCUUGGUAAACGAAAUGUCAGAUGAGACAUGGAAUGAACGAGCAGUAAAUAGAGUCAGUGCAAUCCGCUUUUUAGAAGAUGAAAAAGAUGAAGAGGAUAAUGAAAUGAGGACACUUCUAAGGCGAGCCACUCCACACCCUGGGGAGUUAAAGAAUAUGAAAGUGAAAGUGGAGAAUUUACGGAAUGAUAUGAACGCUGCUAAAGGACUGGAUUCAAACAAAAAUGAGGUCAAUAAUGCCAAUGACAGAGUGACCACUUCUGUGUAGAGGCUCACCUCCCAGAUACUUGCCUCCUGUGUCUUCCCAUCUGCUGUUGAACCGUUACUGUCACAUCCUGGGAAUACCAUUCAAUCAACCCUCAUGUGUUUUAACCAGAAAUCUGACUCAUCUUGUCCUUGUGUCAUCCCUUUGGAAGGUGCUUCUCACUGGAAGAAAAGUGCCUUAUUUCAGUCCAGGCAUCUGAGCACAGGGGGUGCAGCGCACUGAAAACUGCCCCCCCCCACUGUGGUUCUUUGCUUGAACAACUCCAGCUUGUUUGCCAGCAAAUUGUUCCCAUCAAUUCCAGUGUUGUUGUUUUUGUUUUUAAAAAAAGAUAAAGAGGUCUGUUUUGUUUUUGUUUUGUUUUUAACAAGGGGAAUGUGCUGUUAUACAAUCAUGCAUCUCUUUUACCCAGGGGUGUUGGUCUGCUGUUGUUCUCUUCUGCGCGCCCCCCCCACCCCAGUCCAAGUGAUGGGGUAUUUAUGCUGCCCUGUUCUGGACUGUGGUGGUGGGGGAAAGUAGUUUUAUUGCAGAAUUGAUACUUUUUAAACCUCUCUGGCAGCUCAGAUGGUGUAAAUUUUAUAAUUUUUGUAUAGGAGUCCAGUUUCAUAACAAACCAACAAAAUGGGUGUAUUUCAUUUUUUUUUUUAAAAGAAUUUUUAAGCGGUACAUUUUACUAUUUGUGGAGGGUGAAUUCCAUUGACACAUCCAUGCUUGUCACAUCUGCAUGUGCCUUAAUGCAGCCUAAGUUGAGAU